AUGAGUGGUGUAUCUGCAGAUGAUAAAGGGAAUGAGAAGCCAGAAGAAGGGAAGUUGUUGGCGGAGACAGACAAGACACAAGUGAAUUAUACCCCGGAUUCCGAGGAUACCGGGAGUUACAAAUAUUAUCCUGAUGAUCCAGAAUCUACAUGGAAUAGGUUUCGGUUUCAAGCAAAGGGAGACUCGCAGUACUUUGACCCAUGUGAGGAGUCCAGUAAGCUAUCUAUGAAGUGUCUUGAAUUGAACAAUUACGAUCGACAACUAUGUAAAGAGUAUUUCGAUGCUUAUAGGGAAUGCAAGAAACAAUGGUUGCAAUCGCGAAGGCGGGAUAAAUCCCAAUGGGAAUGGGAUAGAGACAGUGGAGAUUCCACGGCUGCAAGUGACAACAGCGACGGUUCUUGCAUUCUGAUGUAG